CCAAACAGUAUCUUGAGCCUGUGUUCCAGUCGAUGGCUGAUCUGUAUGCAGUGUUUUGUCGCGCUGCAGCAGAGAAGAGUGUGAGACCUUUGUCAAGACAAGUGUUCGCAGAUGAGUUCAAGCGUCUCAACCUAGGCCUUUACCACCCAAAAAAGGACCAAUGCGACACCUGUUGUGCUUUCAAGACCGGAAACCUUCCUGAUGACGAGUGGCAGCAUCACCUCCUUAAAAAAGAAGAGGCCCGCGCCGAAAAGAUGUCCGACAAAAGCAAGACCAACAGCAACAUCAUGGUCAUAUGCAUGGAUUUACAAGCGCUCCUUUUGUGCCCAAAGCUAAAGGCUUCUGCCUUGUAUUACAAGACAAAGCUGGCAGUUCACAAUUUUACUGUGUACAACAUGCUGACACACAGUGCCACAUGUUAUGUCUGGCAUGAAGGCGAGGGAUCCCUAUCUGCCAGUGAGUUUGUUUCAUGCGUGGUUGACUACCUCUCUGCACACACUGAGCCGGACACAUUUAUUCUGUGGAGUGACGGCUGCGGAUAUCAGAACCGGAAUGCAGUUCUAAGCAGUGCACUUCUUCUGUUCGCCAUGAAGAAAAACAAAGUCGUCAUCCAGAAGUACCUUGAGAAGGGCCAUACUCAGAUGGAAUGUGAUUCCGUUCACAGUGUCAUCGAGAGACGUCUGAGGGACCAGGAUGUCUAUGUCCCAGCGGAGUAUGUCAGUCUCAUGAAGAGGGCCCGUGUGAAGCCUCAUCCAUAUGAUGUCAAAUACAUUGACCACACCUUCUUCCAGGACUUCUCCAAGCUGAGGCUCUGCAAGUCUCUGCGCCCUGGAGUGAGGCCUGGUGACCCAACUGUCCAUGAUAUCAGAGCCAUCAGAUACAACAGCAAUGGAACAAUGGACUUCAAGAUCAACCACUCUGAUGACUGGCAUCCACAUCCGACUCACCAACUCCGAAACUCCAUCUCAGACAACCACCCAGUCACCCCACUCUAUUCAGACCGACUGAGGAUCAAAGAGCUGAAAUUCAAUCAUCUCCAGGACCUGAAGGGAGUCAUCCCAAAGGACUACCACAGCUUUUAUGACAAUUUGCUUCAUUAGUAUAGUA